AUGGAGCAAAAGCUGGCUGCCAUCUUGUGCAAAUGCUCAACAGCCAAACAACUGAAAGAGACCCAUCUUCAAACCCUCAUCAAUGGCUUCAAAGACAGCAACUUUUUAGCGACCAAGCUCAUGUCGCUCUCCACAGGCUCCAUUUCCCUCGACUACGCAUACAGGAUUUUCCAAGGUUUGUCCUCUCCAAAUCUCAUCUCCCACAAUACUCUGAUCAAAUGCUCUAUAGGGAAAUCCCAUAAAAUGGCAACAACCGCGUUCAACAAUUUGCGGGAGCUGGGCAUUGUCCCCAACAGCUUCACUUUCACUUUUUUGCUCUCGUGCUUUGAGUCCCUUCAAAAAUCGGAAUGUGGGCGGGUUGUGCACGGUCAUGUUUUGAAGUUAGGAUUUGCGUCCAGCUUGUUCGUCGCGAAUGCCCUUUUGAACUAUUAUUCUAAAUGUGGUGGGAGCAAUUUGGGUUUCGUGCGUAUGGUGUUUGAUGAAAUGCCUGAGAGAGAUGUUGUCUCUUGGAACACGGUGGUCAGGGCUUGUAUGAGUCAUGGUGAGAUGGAUCUGGCUUUCGGAUUAUUUGAGUCCAUGCCUGAGAAAAACUUAGUGACUUGGAACUCUGUUGUUUCGGGCCUCGCGAAAGUCGGGAACAUGGAGAAAGCCAACAAGGUCUUCCUACGCAUGCCUGAGAGGAAUAGCGUCUCUUGGAAUGCCAUGUUAUCGGGCUACAUCAAAUCCAACGAUUUAAAAGGCGCGCGAGAACUUUUCGACUUGAUGCCAGAGAAGAGUGUGGUUUCUUGGACAGCCAUGGUUUCGGGCUAUGCUUUAUCGGGUGAUCUUCAGUCGGCAAAAGCGGUAUUCGCCAUGAUGCCAGUAAAAAAUGUUGUAUCAUGGAACGCCAUGAUUUCCGGUUGCGUGAACAUCCGCAUGUUUGAUGAAGCUCUUGCUUGUUUCCAUCGCAUGUUGACUGAUGGCAAAUGCAGGCCCGACCAGACCACACUGAUCAGUACGCUCUCGGCUUGCACCCACCUGAACUCGCUUGUGCACGGGAAAUGGGUCGAGUCGUACAUCGCGAAAAAUAAUUUUGACCUUUCGGUUUCGUUGGGUAAUGCAUUGAUCGAUAUGUUUGCAAAAUGCGGGGAUCUUGAAAAUGCUAAAAUCAUAUUUGACAAAAUGACUGAGAAAUGCGUGAUCACUUGGACCACAAUGAUUUCGGGCCUGGCCGUGAAUGGGCUCUGCUUGGAAGCCUUGAAACUCUUUGAUAAAAUGUGUUCGGAAGGUGUAAGGCCGGACAGUGUCGUGUUUAUUGCGGCCCUUUCAGCUUGCACUCAUGGGGGCCUGGUCGAGCAAGGGGAGAGGAUAUUUGAUAAGAUGGUGCACGAGUUUGGUAUUGAACCGCGUAUAGAGCACUAUGGCUGCAUGGUCGAUAUUCUCGGGCGGGCCGGGCGGAUAGAGGAAGGUAUUACGUUCAUGGAGAGUAUGCAUUUGGAGCCGAAUCCCGUUAUUUGGGCAACUUUAUUGUCCGCGUGCAGAAUUCAUGGCUAUGAGGAAUUAUCGGAGGCCCUGAUUGGGAAGAUAUUGGAGCAAGAGUCUGAUAAUCCUANNUUGAAGCUGAUUACGAAUUUGAGUGCCUCAGCUGGUCGAAUACAAGAUGCUUUGAACUUUCGUGUGGCGUCCAGAGAUGAGCAGGCCGAGAAAGUGCCGGGCUGUAGCUCGAUCCAAGUUAGGGACCGUGUUCAUGAAUUUGUUGCGAGGGAUACAAGGCAUUCCCAAAUGAAGGAGGUGUACAGAGCUUUGAGGAGUUUAAAUCGACAUUUAAAGCCUUUACAGAGAGUCGGCAUAGAAUAA